CGUAACCAGGCGUUGACAAGAAGCUGCCAGGAAGUCAUCGCUCGAAACAGAUUCAACUGUAGCUUGUAGUAACUUUGUCUUUAUUUAACUGUAACACGCAGUGAACUGAAUAAAAAAAAAAAAGACGACGUGUGUCAAACAAAUACUCCACAAACCUCAAAGAUGGAGCAGGAAAAUAUCUUUCUCUUCGUUCCCAAUUUGAUUGGUUAUGCCCGGGUUGUCCUGGCCCUGCUGUCCUUCUACCUGAUGCCCUGCUGUCCUUGGCCGGCUGUCUUCUGCUACCUGCUCAGUGCCCUGCUUGACGCUUUCGAUGGUCACGCCGCACGAGCGCUCAACCAGUCCACAAAGUUUGGAGCCAUGUUGGACAUGCUAACAGACCGCUGUGCCACCAUGUGUCUGCUGGUGAACCUGUCCCUCCUCUACCCAUCCUACACCUUCCUGUUUCAGCUCAGCAUGUGUCUUGACAUCGCCAGCCACUGGCUGCAUCUGCACAGCUCUACAAUAAAAGGAUCGACCAGUCACAAGACCAUCGACCUUUCAGGCAACCCCAUCCUCCGCAUCUACUACACAUCAAAGCCGGUGCUGUUUGUGAUGUGUUUUGGGAAUGAGCUCUUCUUCUGUUUGCUCUACCUCCUCCAUCACGUCGAGGAACCAGCUGGCUGGGUGUACUGGCUGCAGGGUCUCUGUGGGAUCAUCUGCCUGCUCAAGUCCGGCAUCAGCCUCGUGCACCUCAUCACAGCCUCCCAGAACAUGGCUGCCAUUGACGAAGCUGAGCGAGAGCAAAGCAGGAAGACGCAGUGAGGGAGGAGAGAGAGAGCUUCAGCAACAGAUCCAACACGCAAUUAUUUUAUGUCAUUUUAUCAGAUACAGUGAACUACGGUGACUGAAAUAACACGAACAGAAAGAAAGCAGAAAAGUUUUAUGACCAAACGUCACAAUAUUUAAAUUCCAUGAUCAAGACAGGUGUGCGUCUGAAAGAUACGUCCUUAACAGUUUUUACAAUCGUUCUGCUGUGAUUUAUUUUACAAGCAAACAAUGAUGAUACAUCUUAAUACUAAAUUCUGCAUUUUUUCCGAGCCAGGAAAAUUUAACUUCACAAAAUAUCAAAGAAUGAAACAGUGUGUUAUUUCUUUAUACAGUGCAGAGUUUGUCUACUAAGAUUAUGACAUCAAUUGUCUUAUUAACAUUUAGAGUGAAGGAGCUGCAGAGCGAAAAAAAAAUAUUAUAUAUAUUAUAAAUAUUAUAUUUCAACUUAAUAACUUUACUCAAAGUUAAGAUACGUCUGAUUUGUGGCAGAUUUAAUCGGAAGCUCCUCAGUGUCAGGUAGAAAGAUAAACGUGUUUAACAGUGUGUGAGGAGAAACUCCGGGUUCUACAGGGUCUGCAUGGAGGAUAUGUACGUUUAAAUUAAGACUUGUCACCCACCAGUACCCUGAGGGGAAACGAGAGGAAAUCAGAGUACCAACUGAUGAAACUUGUUAAAAACAUAGUUAUUGUGCUGCUGAGGGUAAAAAACUUGAACAACAUGAUCAGAAUAGUCUUUGAGGAUUCAAGAAAAAAUAUUUUUAAUUUUAAAUCAGGAUUAAAUGGAUACAAAUGAUUGGACAUUUUAAUUGUCUGACAACAUGACAGAAGAUCCCUGAAGAGAAAGACCGUUUUUGUUUCCAAUGUUCCAGAGUUAUUGUGUUUAAUCCAAACAUCCAAACUUACCAUUCAAAACAGCAAAGUCACAAAAUAACAGAGAGAUAAAUGCGGCGUAGGUAUUCAUUUAGCAGUGCGUUGAUGAAAGCUCUGGAGUUACAUAUUCCAAGUUGUUUGCUUGGGGAAUACACCAGUUGAGCAGUUUUGUUCAGCACCAGGUUGGUGUCUGAAGUUGAACUGAAUGAAAAAGACUAUCAAAUGUUUUAAUACACGUUUCAGUUACAGCAUGUUCAAUCAAACUUUUUGUAGAAAUGUGAAGAAACUAAGUCUGUUCUGGCUCUGAUUUACCGCUAAUAUCUACCUGAAUUCUUGAUUUGUUUAUUUUUUUUGAAUGUCAGUUUUACUUUUGCUAAAUUUAGAUCAAAUUUGUGUCCCUGUCCUUGGCGACACACAGACCAAAAAUCGGAAGCUCUCAGUUAAUGCAGACGACACCCUCUUAUUCGUGUUACAGAAAAAUCUCAAACUUUUACUCAUAAAUCAAAAAGCCGAUUCUUUCCUUUCAAAGCACUAGGUAAUGAGCACUUAAAUAUUCCUUUUGUGACUCCGAGCCACUGUUUUUUCUGUUAUUAUUGUUAUUAUUAUUAAUUCAUUAAGAUUCCAGCUUUUAUUUUGGUGUUGGUUUAAUGGCAAUCAUGACUUAUUUGAAAUGUCAGCUGUUGUUUCUUUGUGGUAGAAGAGACCUGCUUGUAUUUAGUCUGCUUAGAAACAGAGAGUUAUGCAGGUCAUAAGUUAUACCUCACUUGAAGAGCACCAAGUAUUAUUGUUGACUGUUUUGCAUUGUAUAUUUUAGAGUCUCUGACCACGUUUGUGCUGACUAUGGACUUCUGUAUGCCAAGUUUCAAUGCAGAAUGUGUGAUAAAAAAGUGUGGAAAUACAAAUAUUUUCUUCUUGUUUUA